AGCUUCGCCGCUUCCUCUCAGCCCAACAGGAGACUUCGGCUCCACUCGGAGAAACAGCAUCGGCCUGUAUGGUGGAGAACCGUUUUAUAUUUUUACCGUUUUCUGGGGACCGGCUGUAUGAUUAAGCUACAAUCUUCAAUGAGUAAGCAUAUCCCACAGUUCUGUGGUGUUCUGGGUCACACAUUUAUGGAGUUUCUGAAGGGCAGUGGGGACUACUGCCAGGCUCAGCACGCUGCCUAUGCAGACGAGUGAACAGCCAAACUCGCCAUCGAUCCGACGCACUUGAGCCACAGGAGGGACCCCGGAAAGUUGGCAGGACCGGGACGCCUCCCAGAACCAGCGACAACUCGGCCUGGAUGGGGUAACUCCACCCGCUGCACACUGCCCUCGUCGGCUUCCGCCUGGCCAGAAUCAAGGUGGAACCAGCCUUGGUUUUUUUUUUUCUUCCUUUUCUUUUCUUUUAUUCCAAAAGAGAGGGUUUUAAGUUGUUUUUCUGAUUGUCCGCCCUUUUUUGGCUGCCAGUUCCCCAAAUUUCCUCAUUGCCUGUCACCUUUGUAGUUAUUUUUUUUCUGUUUUCAAUAUUCUUGCCAACUUUGGAAGAAGACCGGAGGAGUUCUACUUGUUGGACAUUUUCGUUUAACAUUCCCUCCGAGUUAAACUGUUUACAUUUGUGUUGUUACUCUGUGGAAGACAUUUUUGGCUUUUGUUACUUUAAUUUUUACGUCAUCACAAUGGCUCGUAUGAACAGACCAGCCCCUGUGGAGAUCACUUACAAAAACAUGCGGUUUCUCAUUACCCACAAUCCCACCAACGCCACCCUGAACAAGUUCAUUGAGGAGCUGAAGAAAUAUGGAGUCACCACGGUUGUUAGAGUUUGUGAGGCCACAUACGAUGCAACUCUGGUGGUGAAGGAGGGGAUCCAGGUUCUGGAUUGGCCGUUUGAUGAUGGAGCCCCUCCCUCCAACCAGAUCGUCGAUGAUUGGCUGAACCUGCUGAAGCUGAAGUUCAGGGAGGAGCCCGGCUGCUGCAUCGCUGUCCACUGUGUGGCAGGACUGGGGCGAGCUCCUGUUCUGGUUGCACUCGCCUUGAUCGAAUGUGGGAUGAAAUACGAAGAUGCUGUCCAGUUCAUUCGACAGAAGCGUCGGGGAGCGUUCAACAGCAAGCAGCUGUUCUAUCUGGAGAAAUAUCGUCCAAAGAUGCGCCUGCGCUUCAAAGACUCCAACGGCCAUCGCAAUAACUGCUGCAUCCAGUAGAGCCAAACCCUGAGCCACGCCAAGCCCACACAACGGAGGAGUUCAACCAAACCUUGCUAGCUCAUCACCUGGCAGGCUGGUUUUCUUAGUCAUUGUGUUGAAGUACUUUCCUUUGGAGAACCAUGCUCUAUAAUUCUACUGUCCCCUUCCCUCUCCAGGUUCAAAGUGUCAAAAAAGGAAAAAGAGUCAAGUGAACUGGAGUCGUUGUUUUCUCUUCAUGUGCCCGUUAAAAGAAAAAAAUAUAAAAUUUAAAAAAAAAAAAAAAAAAAAAGAGGAAGGGCAGCGCUGAGUCGUGUAUCAUUGUAAAAUGUUGGAUUAAUUGUUUUCUGCAAAACGCAUCCCAAAGAUUUUGAUUGGCCAGUGCGUUUACAUUGCCUGAGAAUGUGCUUAAACAACAUUUCUGAUUUAACAUUAUCAUGAUGUACCCCGUUCAGUUUUCGGGUUCCGUUUCAAGACUGACUAGAAAGAGGUAUGCCUGCCUUCAAAUCAGAUGGUUCUUCCAUAAAUGCCUUACAAUCGAAGUGGAACAAAGGCAAUCGAGGCGGGAGUCGACUCCCACCGGCAUUUGGAAAAGGUGUUUCAUUUUUCUACUCGGAACAAAAACAAAUUGUUGCCUUUGUCUCGUGCAGGAAGUCUUACACAUUUACGCCCUUUCAGUAACUAUUUUUUAAUAUGAAAUGCUUAAUUGUUGCUAUAUUUGUCAAUUGAAAGUCUAGGAACUCGUACUGUUUAAUUUUCUCCAUCACACCUUCUCUUUACUAAUUAACUGCCAUGUGCAAAAUGUGAUUUAUUUUUAUUUCUUGUUUUUACAUUUUUUAGUUUUUUUUUUUUUUUUUCCCUUUUUUUGCUUCAAACUGGACUUCCAACGUCUGCGAUAUUUUGUAUGCCUUUUUAUUUGAUGUCCGUAACUUAAGACUUGGAUACUUGAUGAUUUUAUGUAUUUGAAAAUGUGUACUAUUAUUAUUAGGUUGGCUAUUUAUACUAUCAAUGGAUGUGUGAUUUAGUACCGUGAGCGACAAACUUGUACCUGUUCACCAACUUGUGAGAGUACAUUAAAAUGAUACACUGAAAAACAAA